CAAGGCAGUGAUGGAUGAGGAUUGCAAGCACGAUCGGCGAUUAGAAACUCAGGGGAUUGAUAGCCUCAAGGAGGCACUGUGUAGAAAAUUGUGAAAAUUCACUUCCUUUGAAGGGAUUGGUUUGUAUUGUUGUUGGGCAAGCUAGGAUUUUAUGAUGAUGGAAACCCGUGUAUCUUUCUUUUGCCAAUUUCUGAUUGUCAUUAAUGCAAGGAACGAUGAGAUACAGUUGAGGCUAAGCAGGAAAAAGAUGUGCUAUCAGUUCAUUGUUGAAGAUUCUAUGUCCAUGGAAUGGACAGAUGAGAAGCACAGUCUGUAUCUUAAUUCUAUGGAGGCGUCAUUUGUUGACCAGUUAUACAGCAACAAAUAUCAUUUGAAGGAUAUACACAGCUGGUCAUCAAGAACACAGAAACACACAAAUUCACAAGGAAUAGGAACCAGAACUGUUUCGUCUGGCCAGUUUAAGGUUCUUCGAAGGGGGUGCUGGGAGAAAAUUAAUUUUGAGAAGGCUGCCAAGGGUCACAAUGAUCCUGAUACUGAACCUUUCAUUCUGUCAGCAAAUCCAUGGAUUCAACACUUUAGAGCAGCAUCUUCCAUUGGAAAAGAGCUGCAUGUGCCAUCAUCUAUACAGAUGGACGUUAUCGAUUCUUUCACUCAACCAAUGAAUUUAACCAAUCAGAGUAAUGGGAGAACUGCAACAACUUCUGGGCAGUUUCCUUGCUGUUCUCAUGUUUCUUGUCAAGAUUCUGUUGGUUGCUGUGCAGAGGUUUCAGAUCAAAACUUUGUUGAUCAAGAAGCUGAUAAACAGGAAAAACUCAGCAUAACCUGCCGGAAAAAGAAAGCAAAAGUUGCAGCUACUAAUGAACCAUCAUUCAAAGAUCAAGUGGUUCCAUUGGGGAAGUUACAUCUGGCGUCUACUUGUGAAGAGAAUCAUUCUCAUUUGAACUAAAGAUCUUCAGUGUAGCAGCAGCGGAAACUUAAGGACUCCUAGUAACAUUCUUCGGUUGAAACAAAAGCUUGCACUGCUAAGUAGCUGAAACUUUGCGAGCUUGAAGUGUGCCGACUUGGUUAAGCCACUGCUUAACAAAAAAUCAUUAUCAAGAUCACCGACUGAAUGACUGCCCCGGCGGGAAGAGCGUUAUAAUGCUUUAACUCAGUUUUGUUUUCGCAGUUUUAUGUGUACAUAUUAUGACACUAGUCUAAGAACCAUGGCUUUUUUCUGCUUUUUUUUCCCUACUAUGUAGUGUUGUUGUGCCAAUGCAAGAAGGAAUUCCUUAAAAGUUGUGGAGUGUUUGUAACUGCAUUCUAAGCCUUUUUUAUGUUCAAACAUAAAUAUUCCUUGUGAAAUGUGAUAAGCGCGUGUAAAAACAUGCAUAGCCAUA